AUGGUAACGGAGGAGUCUAGCGAGCACAAACUUCCCACCGUAUCCAUGGCGGCAACGAGUUUUGGUUCACCGGAAGGUAUACCAAAUACGUAUUUAAGCUUGGAUAACGUGGAGAGGGACUUAUUGAGCGAUCCAUCAUUGGUAGAUAAUUACGCUGAUAUAUUAAAAAUAAGGCCAUUGGCACAUGGUGCGAAUUCCAGUCGAGGUGAUACUGACAAUGAAAGUGAAAGUGCAAGCGGCAGUGUCGUAGUGAUGCCAAAGUCGGCAAGCUUGUCCCCACUAAAACAACGAAGUAGCUUAGUGAGCAAUACCUCCAGUCGCUAUUCAAUAGGAGCGGAUCGUGAGUGUGUAUCAAAGGAUGAAGAUGGGGUAGAAAGCACGAAGGUCCGUGACUAUUUAGAGGGAGUGGAAUCUGAAAAUAAAGCGCAAGAGUUAGCGGAACAAGGAAAGGAGAAUAGUCAAGGCGCAUCAGAACUUGCGGUGCACGAAGAUCAAUCCAAGCUGGGCAGCUACAUUGACAGGGAUGGCGAUAGCGACACUAACCUUCACAACAACGCACAAGACGAAGACAACGACGACGACAACGAGCAUAAACACGAGCAGAACGAUCGCUUAGAUAUCGAUUCAAAUGAACUGGAUCAUGGAGAUCUCAAAAAAACAUUAAGCGUUGACGGUACCGGAUUCUCACAAUCAUCACAAUCUUCUCAAGAUUAUGGAUAUUCAGAUUCAGAUUUUGAGGACAACAUGGAGAAACGUUUGCAGAAUCUUAGUGCAAGCCCGUCUUCACUCGAAAGAAGUGAAAGUAAAAAAAGUGCUCACGAUGGUGAGAGUGAUGAUGGCUUUGAUGGUUUUGAUCUGGCGUCGUCAUUUGAGGAGGAGGAGGGUGAUAACGGAAUAGAAGAAUAUGAACAAAAGGAUGAAAAGCAAGGCAACGAGGAGGUUUUUAAACAGGAAAGUGAUGACAACGACCGCGAUGAAGAUGAGGAAAACGAAAUUUACGGUUAUGGGCCUCAAUAUCCUCCAAAAGAACUAGAUCCUGAGAAAUUGUACGCGUUACAUCCUUUCUUUGGUCCUGAUCCUUCACAUUGUCAGCUAGAGCAAGACGAAUCUUGCUUGCUGCUGAAUGAUCAGGAUUCAUAUUGGUGGUUGGUCAAAAGAUACAGCGACAACAAGAUAGGAUUUGCGCCUGCAGAGUUGCUAGAAACAUUUCCCGAGCGAUUGGCAAGACUAAACUGUUGGAAAAACGAGAACAUGUCUUCUCAAUCGUUUAGUUCACAAAGAGCAGGUUCGGACUCGCUACAAAGUAACGAGCACCCAAAGACUACAGAAAUUAAGGAACAUAUAGAGGAACAUUUAAAUGAAAAAAUAGAAGGCGAUAGGUCUCGAGUUUUAAAGGAAUACAUAAAAGGCAAUAAGUCAGUUAGCUUCAAUGAUGUUGUUGGCUAUGCGAAUAGGUAUAUUGGGAAUGAAAUAGAAGAUGAUGAAGUGGUUGAUCCAAAGCCUCGCGAUGAAUUCACGGAAGUCGACAUGUCAUUCAAUGGGCAACAAGAGGAUGAUGAUGCCAGUGAAGUGGUUAGUGAUGUUUGCUUCGAUGUUGCUUCUAUGCCGCUUUUAGAUAUUAAAAAAGUUAGGCGACCUCAGAAUAAGGAAGGUGUGCCGAAAGAGAACAAAUAUGAAGGCCAAACCGACACAGAUGACUCAGUGUCCUAUGAUAAAGUUGAGGAUGCCGAAGAGGAUGCAUUACGUAAAAUUUUCGAAGCGCCAGUUGUGCCUUUUGUCAAAAAUAGCUCUCGUACCGGCGCUAACAUGGCUAACUCAUAUUCAGAUUAUUCGAUCUCUACAAUUGGAGAGUUCUCACCUUCUUCAUCCGAAUGGACCAAUGACUCCCCUCAACUAACCAAUGAUAAGUUUCAGGAUGAUUCAGCAGUAAUACCUCCGUCGCGAGCCAUUCAAGAUUUCUCAAAAUUUGUAGGCACCGAUUCCGACAAAAAUGAUACAUCGAAUAAAAUCAGUAAGGAGACCCUUGAUCAAGCAUCUGAUGGGACGAUAAGCGCAACACGAAAAAAUGGAAGCGCCAAGGCUGCUCACAACAAUAAAAGUAGCAUUUCUGUUUUGUCUUCAUCAUCUUCAUCAGAAGAGUUUCUCAUGGACUCAGAGAGGGUGGCGUCUUCAACAAGCGUCAACAGUACCUCAUCUGUAUCGAGACAAAUAUCGAAUCCUAAGCGUAGCACAGAGAUAAGCGGGGAGGCCUGUCAUCCAUAUGUGCAGCAAUUGUAUAACCCCCUUCUUCUCAAAAUGGACGAUCUCAUGAGACAGUUGGAUGAGAUAGUAAAUAAAUCAUAA